GACAAGAUGCUACGCACCCCCAAAUGCUCAAGGUGCCGGAACCAUGGUUUCCUGGUGCCGGUCAAGGGCCAUGCGGGCAAGUGCCGUUGGAAGCAGUGCACCUGUGAGAAGUGCUACCUGAUCACCGAGCGCCAGAAGAUCAUGGCCGCGCAGAAGGUGCUCAAGAAGCAGGCCUCCGAGGAGGAGCAGGAGGCGGUCCUGUGCCCGCAGGGGCCUCAGCGGGCUCCCGGGGCCGCGGCCGCCGCCUCGGGCUCCGGGCUUCGCCCCCUGCCUCCGCUGGCUGUUUCGGGAGGCGCCGGGCUGGGCCCCGAUGGCCGCGCGGCCGCCUGCUUCCCUGAGAGGCCUCCACGAGGCCCGAGCCCCGGCCCGAGCGCCUUCCAGCCGGUGCUGGGCGGCCGCGGCCACGGCCACGUGGGGCUGCCCACCUGUGCGGCUCCCCAGCUCGGGGCUGAGGCCGCCGGCAGGGCGUGCCCCGGCCGCCCUGAGCUGCGUCGGCCGCUGAGGCCCGUGCCCAGCCCGCCGUUCACCGACUUCGGGCGCCCUUUGAGCAUCAACUCGGAUUGUGUGGUAGGGGCUGAGUACCUGGAGAGAGAGCCUUCCAAGCUGUACCCUGGUUGCUCCACCAUGCACUCCUAUCGCCCAUUCCCACUUGGCUACCAGGAUGCAUCCCCGGCACCAGGGAUCCCCCCACAGCGGGGCUUCAGGCAUGUCUCCUGCAGCCACUACCAUGGAGGUGGCUUGGUGUCGGAACCAGUGGCAGACUUCCAGCCAAGCUACUACCUGCCCCCGCCGCCACCACCUCCACCGCAGCCGCAGUUCCUCCCACCAGGCUUCCUCUCUGCCCUGCACUUCCUUCCACCCCCGCCACCGCCGCCGCCACCACCAGCUUUCUCACUCACCCUCCUUUCUGAUACGGACAAGGAGAGCACUGAUGACCAGGAUGCAGAGUUGCCUUGUGAGCCCAGUCAGCCCUCAUCUCAGGAGCAGUCUGACUAA